AUGCGUCGAGAGCGAAUGGUUGAAGAAACACAGAUUGAGGAAAAUGACUCUUGUGAAUCGCUUACUACACUGAUGGCAUCUCUGAAAAAAACGCCAAAAGCGACGGCAGGGCCAGUCGUACUCAACUUGGAAGUGCUCCAGAAUUCACCAUUGCUUACUCGGGCUUGCCAAAGAUCUUCAAUUUUUAAACCGCCUAGACUCUCCGGACGAGAUUCAUUGGAAUGGGCUAUUGCUUCUGACCCGGUUCAUUCUCCAUCUCCAUCUGCAUCUACAUCAAACAUCAGUGAAGUUGAAAAGUUGACUCGGCAAAUUGGCAAUUUGAGUUUGCAGCGAAAAAGAAGGGAUUCGAAUUGC